AUGGGAGAGCUAACGUUCUUUCUUAGACUUCAAAUUCAAAAAUCUGAAGAAGGAACUUUUAUAUGGCAGACGAAAUACACAAAGGAGCUAAUUCAGAAGUUCGGUAUGAGCAGUGUUAAAGCUAUUGGCACACCAAUGAGUCCGUCAACAAAUCUUGACAAAGAUGAAAAGGGAAAUCCUGUCGAUGAAACUAAAUAUCGUGGAAUGAUUGGUUCUCUUCUUUAUCUAACUACUAGUCAACCAAAUAUUAUGUUUACUAUUUGUAAAUGUGCCAGGUUUCAGCCAGAUCCUAAAAAAUCACAUCUGACUGCCGUAAAGAGAAUAAUUCAUUAUCUCAUUGGAACUGUUUCCUAUGGAUUAUGGUACCCACGUUCUAACAAUUUUAAACUGGAAGGUUUUUUAGAUGCUGAUCUUGCAGAUGAUAAGGAAGACAGAAAAAGCACUAAUGGAACAUGUCAAUUACUUGGAAACACACUGAUAUCUUGGAACAGUACGAAACAAGGAUCAGUUGCACUAUCCACAUUGGAGGCUAAAUAUAUCGCCAUUGGACAAUGUUGUGCACAGUUAUUAUGA